CGGCGGGCAGCGGCGGCGCCCAUGGCGUUCAGCGCCUGGCAGAUCCUCUCGCCGGUGCAGUGGGCCCGCUGGACCUGGUCGGCGGUGCGGGGCGGGGGCAGCCCCGAGGAGGGAGACGGCGGGGCCGGUGCCGCCGAGGAGGAUGAUGGUGAUGAUGAGGAGGAGGACCAGGACCCGCCGGCGGGGGGCUCGGGCCUCGGCUUCAGCUCGGACUCCACUGAUAAUUUUGAGACCCCUGAAGCAGAAACACCAAGCUGCUCGCCACUCAAGGAGUUCUGCGAGCCACCGGGAUCGCCGGAGCCCGGGACCCAAGAGCCAGGUGACCUGCUGGUAGGGGAAGUCCACCGGGACAGCUCGCCUGGGAAGCACCCCAAAGAUGAGGCUCAAGCAGAGAUUGGAGCCCCUAGAUCCAGUUUGGAUGCUGAAGGGGAAGCUGAGCCCGACAAGUCGCCCCUGAUGCAGCCCCUGGCCGGGCUGGGCUGCAGGGCUGACCCUGGGCAGGCUGCUGUGCCCCCUGUGCUGCCAGCCCCCGUGGGCACUGCCACCCGGCCCAUGGCAGGAGGGGACACGGCUGACACCGGGCUGCUGGGGCUGGGGGCUGAUGGCCUGGCCCAGGAGCAGCUCGGGAAAGGGAAAACACCUUCACUGGAGAGGAAAACAGAUGAAGCCACGGAGGAGACACAAACAUCUUACCAGCUUGACCCUGAGCAGCGUGACGGGAGUGUGAACCCUUCCAUUGCCGGAGCCUGCCAGCUGCAGAGCUCUGCCCCAGCAGCCCCACAAUGCCUUCCCCAUCCCGGGGAGCUGGGGGGACACCUGGCUCUGGAGGCCCCAGGGCAGGUCCUGAAACCUGGGGCUGAUGUUACAGAGGCUAGAGAGAGCGUGGAGGCCAAGCCAGCUUCGCCCAGGAGGGGCAGCAGGAUCCUGGCCAGCAAGCUGACACCAAAGAGACACAGAGAGUCCCCCAGGAAAGCAGCUGAGGAUGCAGAGAGGGGUCCCACAGAGCCAGCUCUGCCCCAGGGCUCCUCCCAGCCAGGUCCCCCCUGCUGGGACAGCCCUGCUCUCAGCUCUCUCAGUGGCAGCUCGGCACUGCAGAGUUCGCCGGUUCUCCCCAAGGGUUCUUACCAGUUUGAUCCCAAUAACUUCGACUCCGUGGAUCCAUUCAAGCCCACCAAGACGCUUGCCAGCACCAACGCUGACUCUUGCUCCAGUGCAGAUAACAGCCUCAAUGAAAUCCUCGAGUCUCAGACGCUGGAGAUGCAGGAUGAUGCCCUGAAAGGCACAGACUCCCCCAAGAAGCCCAAGUCACGGCUGAUAACGACUACUGAGCAAGUGAAAUUUCUCUGUUUUCUGUUGAGCGGCUGCAAGGUGAAGCAGCACGAGGCACAGCCCCUGGUCCUGGACAUGGGCGCUCAGGAUGAAGGAGUGCUGAUCUCAGAAAUGCCAGCCAUUACAAACCGGGAUGGGCGUGCCACCGAUGAGGAGAAGUUGGCCUGCACCAGCUCCAUGCAGAAACCAUCUGGGAUGGAGAAGAAGGCCGAGCCAGAAGAUGACCUGGAGUACUUUGAGUGCUCAAACAUCCCCGUGUCUGCAGCAAAGCACAGACCAGAGGCAGGUUUUGAAAGGGAGAUCUGCAAGCAGAUGGAAAAGGGAGGGCCUGGCAUCUUCCCUGACAAUCCCGGGCUGUGCUCCAUGGACAAGUGUCCCAGCAGCGAGAGUCCCCUGGCUGGCAUCUGCCUCAGCGAGUCGGAGAAGGCGGCCGUGCUCACGCUCAUCAGGGAGGAGAUAAUCACCAAGGAGAUGGAGGCCAACGAGUGGAAGAAGAAAUACGAGGAGAGCCGGCAGGAAGUGCUGGAGAUGAGGAAAAUCGUGGCUGAGUAUGAAAAGACCAUUGCCCAGAUGAUAGAGGAUGAGCAGAGGACAAACAUGACGUCUCAGAAGAACCUGCAGCAGCUCACAAUGGAAAAGGACCAGGCUCUGGCAGACCUGAACUCAGUGGAGAGGUCCCUGUCAGAUCUGUUCAGGAGAUAUGAAAACCUGAAGGGCGUCCUGGAAGGAUUUAAGAAGAAUGAAGAAGCUCUGAAGAAAUGUGCUCAGGAUUAUCUAACCCGUGUCAAGCAAGAAGAGCAGCGGUAUCAGGCCCUGAAAGUCCACGCAGAAGAAAAAUUAGACAAGGCCAACGAGGAGAUCGCCCAGGUGCGCGCCAAGGCCCGGGCGGAGAGCGCGGCGCUGCACGCGGGGCUGCGCAAGGAGCAGAUGAAGGUGGAGUCCCUGGAGAGAGCCCUGCAGCAGAAGAACCAGGAGAUUGAGGAGCUGACCAAGAUCUGCGAUGAGCUGAUAGCAAAACUGGGAAAGUCCGACUGAGCCUCAGCACCCCUCGCCCAGCACUCUGCACUUGGCUGCUUUUCUCGUGAUGUCGAGCACCUUGCCUUACCCCGGAGUCCCCACAGGAGAGCUCAGGUUCCCAGCCUGGCUGCCAGGCCUGUGGCUCCUGAGCAGAGCCGCUCCUCUCACUCCCCCGUCUGCUUCCCACAGCUCUGGGGCUCUGUGGUCAGCCUGGGCCUGCCUGUCCCUCCCAGGGCCUGCCUGUCCCUCUGUGCCAGUGCCACCUCUCAGGCUGGAGGUGACAGCCUGGGCUCUGUCCCCCUGGGUUGGCUGGGUCUAGUUGUGUCCCCAGCACACUUUGUCACUUACUGUCCUCUCGUGCUCAGCGGGGCAGGUCCAGCCCCGUGCUGGCUCCUGCCCUGGGAUGUGGGUGGUGGCAGGGCUGCACUGCUGGCUCUGGCCCUGGGAAAGGGGAGCUGGCCCUGGGAAAGGGGAGCUGGCCCUGGGAAAGGGGAGCUGGCCCUGGGAUGGCCGGGCUCUGCUUGGUGGGUGAAGCACAGCACAGCAUCUCCCUGUCCCUGUCCCUGUCCUGGUUCAGGCUGUGCCAGCCUCAGAGGAAGGGAGCUGACAUCUCUGCAUUUGUGCACUUUAUGAGCAUUUAUGGGCACUUGGCUCUCUGCUCACUCCUUCCAGACAGGCACGGUGCUGACACAAGGCACGGCUUGUUCCCCCCUAGAGCACUGAAACAAUCACACCUGAGUAACUUCAGUCCUCCCAGGAGAGUCCUGGUGAGGGCAGGCAGGAGGUUUCUGCACCAGGAGGUGUUUGAGAAGCAGGGGAGGUGUUGGUUCUGGAGAGCAGGGACUGCCUGUCCAUCCUGGCCGUGGCCAUCCUGGCCGUGUCCAUCCUGGCCGUGUCCAUCCUGGCCGUGGCCAUCCUGCCCGUGGCCCCUGCGGGGUUGGGUGACCUCCUGCUGGACACGGGCAGAGCCAGGGCAUUGCUGUUGAGUUUCUGUGCCAUGGUGAGACCAAGGUUCCAUUUCAGAGGCUGCAGGAGGAAGGAGGUGAGCCCUGAGCUGCCUCGUGGCUGCUGCAGUAACUGCAGGGCUGGAGGAUUCUUUGCCUUGAAUGGAUAGAUAUGAAACAAGGGAAAUAUUUUCAGUUUGGACUGUUUCCUGCCCAGCCUGUUGAACACUUUCACAAACCUUUUUGCUGCUACCUUUUUCUAACAGAAUUGAGCUCUUUUCCUUCUAUUUUCUAAUUCCCUAUGCUGAGCAGGGCGAACACCUGUUUAAGCCAGAGCCAUACACUUGAUUUUGUUUUAUUAGUUAUAUAAUAUAUAGAGGGUUUAUUCUACACUUAAGCAAAGGUGUCAGCAGCCUGCCCCAGCUCCCCUGCUGUUCCCCACUCCCAGUUAUCCCAGUAACAGACUGGUCACAGAAGCCAGUGGCUGACACCACUCAAAGCAGUGCACCUGUUGCUUGUGCUGGAUAUUCACCCUUUGCACGGUGGACAGAAAAGAAAACCCCUCUUUUCCCCUCUCUUUUUCACCCCUUUGACCUCCCCACAUGUCCCUGGUGAAAAAGCUUCAUUAGAAAAUCAAGGACUAUUUCUGCUGCCCUUGGGGAGUCAGUGCAGGAAAACCCCUGAGACCAGAGAUUUCUUGGGCAGAUGGAUUUUUCUCUUAGGGAAGCAAAAUGCAGCAUUGCAAAACCUCAGAGCUGGUUCAGGGCUGGUUCAGGGCUGGUUCAGGGCUGGGCUGGUUCAGGGCUGGUUCAGGGCUGGUUCAGGGCUGGUUCAGAGCUGGUUCAGGGCUGGGCUGGUUCAGGGCUGGUUCAGGGCUGGUUCAGGGCUGGUUCAGGGCUGGUUCUGGGCACAGGGGCACUGUCCUGCCCGUGGUUCCACUGUCCAGCUGGCAGAGCCCAGGUGUGGGAGGGAGGCAGGUCCCAGGUGGGGACUGUGGCAGCCCCCUCAGCCUUCUGCUUUGCUCAGGGCUGUGAUGUUCACCUGCUGUCAGGUCAGUCUCUCCUCGGGGCAUUGCUCUGGCCCUUGGAGCUGAUGGAUAAUUGCAGAAGUUUAGAUUUCACCACUCAUCAGUUCCCCAGCCCCUGACCUGCACACAGCAGUCAGCACUGCAGCUUUCCCCGUGGGCUGUGAGUGAAGCACAGCUCCUCUGUGAUACCCCACGGGGCACAGGCCAUCCCUCCUGUCCCAGUGUCCCUCCCCAGUGUCACCCAGCCCUGCCGUGCUGCUCCCGGUGCUGUUGCUGUGCCUGUCCGCACGCACCCCAGUCUGGGCAAAGAAGAUUCCUACGGAAUGAUUAAUUAACUAUAAUAUGGUUAUAGUCACAUAUAUAUAAAUACAUGUAUAAUGGGUAUAGCUAUAUAAAAUAGAAGUUUGCCAGCAGGCAGGAUGGUUGCACCUCGUGUGCCGCGCUCAGACGUGCUGAGGUGGUGGUGUCCCCAUGCCUGGCGCAGGGAAUGGCAGGUCCCUGCACGUGGUGUCACAGCUGGGUGUGUUUGUCCUCUGUUUCUUGCAGUAGACUUUAAAUGCCCCUUCUGGCAGCAGCGGGCCCUGCCCCUGCUGCUGCCUUGCUGUUUGCAGUGUGUGUUUGCCAGCAGAGCUGUCUGUAACCAAGUGCCAACCAGUAACCCCCAACUACUGAUCUCUUCCCCCGUCCCUCCACUGGGGCCUCCCCCAGGCAGGAACUUCCUCUGCCUUGACUCCUGCUCCUCUGCUUCCAGCCAUGUGUGUAACUGCCAUCGCCAUCGAUUUUAUAUGUAUGACAAUUUCCCUUUUAUAUGUCAGGUAAAUAUUUGUAAGAGUUAUACUCACACAAAUGAGAUUAUUAUAAUGAUUACUAAUAUAUUUUUUCCAUGUUUCAUUGCCUGAGUAAAAACUGUGUUUAUCACUCUU